AUAAGAACUGACUUGAUUCAAAAAAGCAGAAUGGUAUCAUUCAAUCCACAAAACAUGUUUAACAAUAUCAAAGAACAAACCGCCAAAGCCGUCCAGGGUGCUUCCGAAUUUGGUCAAAGGGCCAACACUCAAAUCAACAGCUUUGCCGAAAAGACAGCCGAUAGAGCAGUAGAAGGUGCCAGCACUACCAAUAGUCCUGUACUUGGCACACUUUCAGAAGAAUGCAUUAAAGCUUCCCGAACUCUUGAAAAGUUUAUUGACAAAGAAGAGAUGGAAAAUGGAUUUGACAACAUUAUCCCUGUCAAGGUGCUUCAACAGGCCAAGGGUCUUGCAAUUUUCACAGUAUUGAAAGCAGGAUUCUUAUGGAGUGGACGUGCAGGAAGUGGAAUUGUGAUUGCUCGUUUACCUGAUAGACGUUGGAGUGCUCCUACUGCAAUUGCUACAGGUGGAGUUGGAUUUGGUGCCCAGAUUGGUGCCGACUUGACAGACUUUGUACUUGUCUUGAACAGUGAUGAAGCAGUGCACGCAUUCUCAAAGGGCGGUAAUGUUACAUUGGGUGGUAGUCUUGCGGUAAGCGCUGGUCCUAUUGGCGCAGGAAAUGAGGCAUCGAUUACUGGCGAGAUUGGCAGCAAACCAGCUCCAUUGUUUUCAUACAGCAAAUCCAAAGGUCUAUUUGCAGGCGUAAGCAUUGAAGGAACUGCUUUAAUCGAACUAUCCAAAUCCAACGCAUCAUUCUAUGGUAAGCCUGUCAAGGCCGAGCAGAUCCUCAAGGGCGAAGUUGAACCUCCUGUAGAAGGAAAGGUGCUCUACGACACACUGAAGAAGGCCGAGGAACGUGAUCCUUAUUAAAACAUCUAGCUUUCUUUCGUUCCUUCCUUGAAAGCAAACAACAAAAACAAAACUGUUAUACCUUUAUUAUCGCUAUUCUUAAUUGAUGGUCUAUUCUAGUCUGAAUAAUAUGUAUUUUAUACAACUUAUAAAUAAAUCAAAAAUCAAAAAUCAAAUAUAUAUAUAUGGC